UCAGUUGAGGUAGACACAUCAAGUUUCCGGUCUGGAUACCGGGAUAGAACAAAACCAGCAUGGCAACUUGAGAAACGGGUUAAAAACAUCUGUUAUCAUGUAGCCGACGGGGUAUUUUUCACCCAAAUGGUUGGAGGAGUCGUUGGGGACUGUGAAACACCCGAGAACAGCAAUGUGCUGUGCCCAUCGAGACACUGGAUGUCACGCGGUCACUCUUGUGAGGAGCGAGCUCUGUGGAACCCAAAGCCCUGUGUGGUCGCUGACUCCCAGAUGCUCCUUCUGAAUGAGGAGGAGGUGGGGAGGCGCUCUGCAUCAUGCAAGGGCCAUCUUCUACGACGCACCAUCAGCGUUCCAGUGGAAACACAGUUUCCAGAGUUCUGCAGCCAGCUGUCCACGGAGAGCGAGUCCCCUCCAGAGAGGACAGGACGCCGACGCAGCAUGCCAGGCAGCUCCUCAGACAAGAACGCACCCACCAUGGAGGCUACCUGCACCACUGCCACACCUUUCCGAGUCACCGUGAGUACUGGAUUUUUAAGUCGCCGGCUGAAGGGCUCGAUAAAACGCACCAAGAGUCAACCCAAACUUGACCGCAACUCCAGUUUCAGACACAUCCUUCCUGGCUUCAGGAGUGUUGACAAUGACAGAUCUCAUCUGAUGCCAAGGCUGAAGGAGUCUCGCUCCCAUGAGUCAUUGCUCAGCCCCAGUAACGCUGUGGAAGCCCUGGACCUAAGUAUGGAGGACGAGGUUACCAUCAAGCCCGUUCACAGCAGCAUCCUUGGGCAGGACUACUGCUUUGAGGUCACCACCUCCACAGGAAGCAAAUGUUUUUCUUGCCGUUCUUCAGCCGAGAGAGACAAAUGGAUGGAGAAUCUGAGGAGAGCAGUACAACCAAACAAGGACAACAGUCGUCGGGUGGAGAACAUGCUGAGGCUGUGGAUCAUUGAGGCCAAGGACCUGCCAGCCAAAAAGAAAUACUUCUGUGAGCUUUGUCUCGAUGACUCACUUUACGCCCGCACCACCUGUAAGCUCAAGACUGACAAUGUCUUUUGGGGGGAGCACUUUGAGUUCAAUAACCUGCCUGCUGUCAAGAGCAUCACAGCCCACCUUUACAAAGACACGGACAAGAAGAAAAAGAAAGAUAAAAACAAUUACAUUGGACUCGUCAUCAUCCCUGUCGCAGCUGUUACCGGAAGACAGUUUGUUGAGAAGUGGUAUCCGGUCAGCACACCCAACCCUGCUAAGGGCAAGACAUCUGGACCAAUGAUUAGGAUCAAGGCACGUUAUCAGAGUAUGAACAUUCUUCCCAUGGAGAUGUACAAGGAGUUUGCAGAGUACACUACCAAUAACUACAUGCUGCUAUGCUCGGUGCUUGAACCCGGAAUUAGCGUCAAGAACAAGGAGGAGAUGGCAUGCGCACUGGUCCACAUUCUGCAGAGCACUGGCAAGGCCAAGGACUUCCUCACUGAUUUAAUGAUGUCAGAGGUGGACCGCUGUGGGGAGAACGAGCACCUCAUCUUCAGAGAAAACACACUAGCCACAAAGGCCAUAGAGGAAUACCUCAAACUGGUGGGACAAAAGUACCUGCAGGAUGCCCUCGGUGAGUUCAUCAAAGCUUUGUACGAGUCAGAUGAGAACUGUGAGGUGGAUCCAUCCAAGUGUUCAUCGGCUGAUCUACCAGAACACCAGAGUAACCUGAGGAUGUGCUGUGAGUUGGCCUUCUGCAAAAUCAUCAACUCAUACUGUGUCUUUCCACGAGAACUAAAAGAAGUCUUUGCAUCGUGGCGGCAGGACUGCAGUAACCGGGGUCGACCAGACAUCAGUGAGCGACUGAUCAGCGCAUCCUUGUUCCUGCGAUUUCUCUGUCCAGCCAUCAUGUCCCCCUCACUUUUCAAUUUGAUGCAGGAGUAUCCCGAUGACCGCACAUCACGUACACUCACGCUCAUCGCUAAAGUCACACAGAAUCUGGCCAACUUCACAAAAUUCGGUAACAAGGAAGAGUACAUGUCUUUCAUGAACCAGUUUCUGGAGCACGAGUGGACCAAUAUGCAGCGCUUCCUGCUCGAAAUCUCAAACCCAGAGACAAUCUCCAACACGGCAGGAUUUGAGGGUUAUAUUGACCUCGGCAGGGAACUCUCCACCCUGCACUCCCUCCUCUCUGAGGUGGUGUCCCAGAUGGAUCAGAGCGCAGCCUCUAAGCUGGCUCCACUGCCCAGGAUCCUGCGGGAAGUGAACACAGCUCUGUCUAACCCGUCCAGUGUCCAGAUGACACCCGGGCAGUCGGCAGAGCAUAUGGGCUCGCCUCCUGCCGAGGCCAGCUGCAGCAUCUCCACUGGCCUGCAGAAGAUGGUCAUAGACAGUGACCUUUCAGGUUUGGUUGACUUCACCAGGUUACCCUCCCCCACUCCAGAAAACAAGGACUUAUUCUUUGUGACAAGGAGCUCAGGGAUCCAGCCCUCCCCAGCACGCAGCUCAAGUUAUUCUGAGACCAAUGAGCCUGACCUGGGUAUGGCCAAUGGCAGUAAGAGUCUGUCUAUGGUGGACCUGCAGGACCCCCACAGUCUCGAAGGUGGUCCAGGUCCAAGUACCUCAGACGCUUUGAUUGAAGGGCCAGCCCCUGGUGUAGGCUGGUCAGCCAGAGUCCCACAGGCCGCCAUCCCUGGAGGUCCCACUCUGAGGAGGCCAGGCCAGACCCCCACCACCCCAAGCACAGAAGGCAUCCCAGGCCGACCUGCCCAGCUACUAGCCCCCCUGUCCUUCCAGAACCCAGUCUACCAGAUGGCGGCAUGCCUGCCCGUGUCCCCACGUGGAAUGACUGACUCGGGCUCAGAGUGCCACAGUUCAGUGAGUUCCCAUAGCAACAAUGAGGAUGGACCAGCAGGAGGGAAACACGCCUUCUUAAAUCAUGGUGGAGGAGGAGGAGGUGGGGGUAGCAGUGGGGAUGAGUACACCAGGCGUUCAGGGGAGUUCAAUCGUCGACAGCUGUCACUCACAGAAACACAGCACCAGCCUACUGUCCCCAGACAGAACAGCGCCGGCCCACAGCGAAGGAUAGACCAACCUCCGCCUCAGAGCGUCACUCGGGGCCGCACACCCCCAAAUCUGCUCAACAGUGGACCCUACCCCCGGCCCUCCUCUGGCAGCAUGAUGACAUCAUCACCCGACUGGCCUGGCAGUGGGGCACGGUUACGACAGCAGUCCUCUUCCUCCAAAGGUGACAGUCCCGAGGCCAGGCAGAGGGCUCAGCACAAACAGGCCCCCUCCCCAGUGAACCCCAGUGCGCUGGACCGCACAGCAGCCUGGCUAUUGAAUAUGAAUGUGCAGUAUUUAGACCAUGAGGGGAUGGAGCCCGAGUCACUGAGAAACAGAGAGGAUCUGACUGAGGUGGAGAAGUACCAGCAGGAGAUCGCAGUGCUGCAGGAAAAGCUGCGAGCGUCAGUGCAGAAGCUGGAAGAGUAUGAGGCUCGUCUAAAAGGUCAGGAUGAACAGGCCCAGAAGGUGCUGAUGGAGUACCAAGCCAGGCUGGAGGAGUCGGAGGAGCGCCUGCGCAGACAGCAGGAUGACAAGGACCUCCAGAUGAAGGGUAUUAUUAGCAGGUUAAUGUCAGUGGAAGAGGAGCUAAAGAAGGAUCAUUCAGACAUGCAGGCAGUUGUAGACUCUAAACAGAAGAUCAUCGACGCACAGGAGAAGCGUAUAGCAUCGCUGGAUGCAGCCAAUGCCCGUCUGAUGAGUGCUUUGACCCAGCUGAAGGAGCGCUACAGCAUGCAGGCCCGCAACGGCAUCUCCCCAACCAACACCACUAAACUGCAGAUUACUGAGAAUGGAGAGUUCAGGAACAGCAGCAACUGUUAGUCUAGCAUCUGCCCCCAAUCAGUGUGGAGCAUCUGCAAGUGUACAGUUACUCAAGAAGACAUCUGAGUGCAUGCCUGUGUGAAAGACUGUUAAGGGUGUGUGUGGUUUUUUUCUUUUUAAACGUGGACCGUGCUUUCGGAGGAUACGGUGUAGGAGUGAAGAUAUCGCUCUGAGGGGCCAUCCAGAAGGGGCGGGACUUCAGCAUGACAGACAGAUCACCAGACAGCCUUCAUUAUGAGGGUGAUGGCCCAAGGAGGCAGUGCAGAGCUUGUACAUAUGAAAAGCUGUCCAUCAUUCAAACUCUUUGCCAGUGGAUGUACACAGUUGCUGGGACAAUUCCUGCUUCUGCCUGGGACGAACCACUAGAAAACUACACAGUGAUGACCACCACACACCGUUGCCCUAGCAACCCUCCUCUCCUCCUCUUUAUUCUUCUCCUUCUUGACGACCAAGUGGACCCACAUAAAAACAAUAAUACACAUUGAGGAUUAUCACUUUAGUUGUCUUGAGGAUUACUUUCUAGCGCUUUACUUUAAAUUGCUUUUAAUGAACCAAAUAGGGGCUAAAAACGUAACAUUUUUAGUCCAAAAUAUUCUUUAUUUCCCCUUUCACUCCUUGGGUGUGUUACUGAGUGUCCCCCUGACCCCUUCCCCCAUCCCUACGUAGUGCACUUUGUGAAAAUCUAUUGGUACAUGAAACGCCUUAAGUAAUGAACACACCUCAACUUUAUCCCACAGCUCCCCUCUUUCCGCAAAAAAGGCACAACCUAUACUGUGGAUUUGUAAAGGAUACAAAAAUACAUUGUACACACUUUAAUGUAUUAUGAACACUAAAGUAAAUGAAUUCUAUGUGAUGGUAUAUUAAUGAAAUUUAAUAGAGAUUAUGCUUUUUUUUCCUUCUAUAGAGUAUACACACAUAUAGCUAUAUUUGAUAAUCUCAAAUAUAAAAGCAACCCUUUAGAGUGAGAUGUAGUUUUAUUUUUCUUCUCUUGUGAUGAAAGACUGUAGCGUGUAACUUGCUUCAAAGACCGGGGGGAGGGACCACACCGAGCAGUGAUCAGCACCGUCGUCUGUCAUCCUUCAAAUCUCCAUGAUGCUUAACCCUUUACAUACAUUAUGCACUACAUGUGAGAGAAAUGUGUGUACUGGACAGUAGUUUAAACACCUCCAGCGUAGCUUGCACAACUUGCACAGUCAAGUGAUCAGUUCUUCUUCUGGUGCUUAUCACUGCUCUUAUAGAUACAGCUAAAGCCAACCCAGAUUUGGAUUUUAACAUGUGGUCUUCUUUCUCUAGUGGCACAAGAGCUGUUGAGAGAUGUGUUUAAAUACCCUCAUACAUACUAUACACUGGACUGGUGAGCCAUUGUUAUAAUGGCCUCCUUAGUUACAGCAUUUUCUCUCUUAACUGCUUUGUUUGUCAGUGGUAAUGAAGUAUGCUGCAUCCAAGCUGUGACUAUUAAUCCUUGUGGCAUCAUCUCUCCUCUUUGCUUCUCUUACUCACUUCCACCCUUUUCAUUUCCAAAUCUUCUGAAUGUGAAGAUGCUAACUUGGUCAGUCUUAACAUGGAGUUCGGUCCUUAUCGCUCCUGUCCUUGCUCCAUCCCAUCUCGGAAUUUGCAUUGUGUAUAUUUUUGUAUUCCCUGAGGCUCUGUAUGCUUCAUCCUUGCUCUAGAGCCAGUGGUAGUGUCAGUAUCACCAUUUGUUUUCUUCUGCUGCCAGUUGGAAGGUGAUGAUGAUGAUGAAUGGCUUGCUGCAGACAUAUACAGUGAAUAUAUGAUAACUGAGUGUAACAAGAGGCUGGACAGCCUGGGAAAGUGUAAAUACAAUGCUCACACUAUUUUUACCUAAUGUUAACAGAGCUUUUUGUAAAUGCAUCAUGCUCAAAUUCCGCUGUAUCCUUAAGGAUAUUGUAAAUACAGAAUAGCUUAGUCAUUUGUCCUCACUGGGUAGAACUUUACAAUUAAAUUAACAUUUCAACGUUCUCCCUGUUUAAGCUAUUGUGUUGUAUUUAGAAUGUAAUGUCACUAGCCAAAAAAAAAUUAAGUAGGAGUUUUACUUUUGGGAAGUUGAGGAGGAUGCCUUGUUGGUUUGUGGCCAGUCUCGAUGAGAUUCACAAGCACAAUCCUCAAUUCCUCAUCAGUCUAGCUCUAUGCACUUUGACGUUUGAUGGUUAUUGUUUAUAAAUUGCUUUUUGUAUGUGAGCACAUCACCAGUUUCAGGCGUUUAAAACAUGGCAAAGUGAAAAAGUGACGAAAGGGAUUUUCGGUAUAGCUCAUUCACAAAUGGUUAUCAGAAUUUUUUUUUUUUUAUUUUUUUUAAAUAUCCCCCUUUU